CACGUGAUAUAUUCCCAACCUCCCAUACCAUUUCUCUGACUCCUCAUUCUCGCUGCUCCAAAACUCGCUGAUCAUCAUCAAUGGCGCCCCCAAUUUUCCAACUGCUUCACGUAUAAGUUCAAUUCUUCUUCCACUACUCUCCGAUUCUUCAUUUCAAUUUCGCUCUGAAAAAAUCGAGAAUGGCGAAGAAUCACGUUCCCGAUUGGCUCAACAAUUCUCUCUGGUCUUCUCGUUCGCCGUCACCACAACAAUCGUUAACUCCUGCGAAGACUUCAAUUGACAGUGAGGAUAUGACUCGCUCAAAGAAUUCAGCUGUAAAAUCAUCGGUUAGUGCAGAGUCUCCGGUAAAUUUGCCAGUUCCAAUGCCGCCGCCUGCUGUAAUUAGAGCUGAAACGCAUCCUGUGCCGCCUCCGAGCCCUAAGGCGGAAAUUGUUGGUCCUUUAAAUGGUAAUAAUAGUAGUAAUUUCUGUAGUGACGGUGAAAAUGGGAGCUCAGCUAGUUGUACUACGACAUCUGGUAUCUCUUCAACUGAGGAUAUCUCUCGCCAGGCUCAGCUUUCUCAAGAGUUGUCAAGGAAGAUUAUUAAUUUGGGGGAAGUCCGGAGGCUAGCAUCACAAGGGAUACCAGAUGGACCUGGCAUUCGUGCUAUAGUAUGGAAGCUACUGUUGGGGUAUUUGCCAACUGAGAAAGCGUUAUGGCCAACAGAACUGGCUAAGAAGAGGCCUCAGUACAAGCAAUUUAAAGAGGAGCUCCUUAUGAACCCUUCAGAGAUUGCGAGGAGGUUGGAGAAGUCUGCAAGUCUUGAGAAUGAUGGAACAGAAACAGACAUUGAAGGCAAAGGUUUACUCUCAAGAUCAAAAGUAACUCAGGAAGAGCAUCCUUUGAGUCUUGGAAAAAGUAGCAUUUGGAAUCAGUUCUUCCAGGACACAGAGAUUAUUGAACAGAUUGAUCGGGAUGUAAAGCGCACCCAUCCAGACCUGCACUUUUUCUCAGGAGACACACCGUCUGCAAAAUCUAACCAGGAUGCUUUGAGGAUUAUACUCAUUAUAUUUGCCAAACUGAAUCCUGGUAUUAGAUAUGUGCAAGGCAUGAAUGAGAUCUUAGCACCACUUUUCUAUGUGUUCAGGAAUGAUCCCAAUGAGGAAGAUCCAGCAAUGGCAGAAGCAGAUACUUUCUUCUGCUUUGUGGAGUUGUUGAGUGGAUUUCGUGAUAAUUUUUGUCAGCAACUUGAUAAUAGUGUUGUUGGUAUUCGUUCCACAAUUACAAGGCUAUCUCAACUUUUGAAAGAACAUGAUGAAGAGCUAUGGCGGCAUCUUGAAGUGACAACUAACGUGAAUCCACAGUUCUAUGCAUUUAGGUGGAUAACUCUCCUUUUGACGCAAGAGUUCAACUUUCCAGAUUGUCUCCUUAUAUGGGACACUCUCCUAAGUGAUCCUGAAGGACCUCAGGAAACACUGCUCAGAAUCUGCUGUGCUAUGUUGAUUAUUGUCCGAAGGCGUUUACUUGCUGGUGGUGAUUUCACUUCUAAUUUGAAGCUACUGCAAAAUUAUCCAUCUUCUAAUAUCAGCCACCUUCUCUAUGUUGCCAAUAAACUGCGGGUCAAAUCACCUGGUUUAAACUUUUAAUCAGGGAGAAAACAUCUUUUUAUUUCACUGUUUAAUCAAAUAUGCUGUAAUAUUUAAGAACGUAAAUGUCUGAUCUAGGUAAUUAGUCAUUACAUGAUCUGCAGCUUUCGAAUUUCGUAUUUGGUAUGAAA